GUCGCGCUGGCUUUGCUGGCGAUGCAGUUCCAGAGGUUGUUUUUCCAUCGGUGGUUGGCAGGCCGAGGGUCAACCCGACCAUCAUGGUGGGCAUGAUGGUAACGGACCACUACGUGGGCAACGACGCCCUUAGACGACGCGGCAUCCUUCUGUGCAAGACUCCUCUUACUCGCGGGGUCGUCACCAAUUGGGACGAUCUCGAGAAAAUUUGGCAUCACACCUUCUACAAUGAGCUGAAUCUCCAGCCACAGGACCAUCCGGUUCUUGUCACAGAGGCCCCGUUGACGCCCAAGGCUGACCGUGAGAAAAUGCUGCUGAUAUUGUUCGAGACAUUUGAAGUUCCCUCGGCAUACCUCUGCAAUGCGCAAGUCUUGGCGCUGUAUGCGUCAGGAAGGACCCGCGGAAUGGUCGUGGAUUUCGGCGCCACACAGAUUGCCGCUGUUCCCAUCUACGAUGGUGUGUCGAUAGCUGACUGCGUCGCCUGCUUGGAGUUCGGCGGCGCCGAGUUGACGGGCUACUUGAUGCAGUUGUUGACCGACCGUGGCUAUUACUUCCAGUCCACUCAAGAUCGCAUCAUUGCCGACGACAUCAAGGAGAAGUUGGGAUAUGUGGCUUUGGACUUUGAUGCCGAGCUCGCGACGACAGAGCAGGAGGCUAGCUACGAGCUGCCGAGCGAAGCUGUCAUCACCGUCGGCAGCGAGCGCUUCAGGUGCUGCGAGCCCAUCUUCCUUCCUUCGCUUAUGGGCCUGGAGUGUCCAGGUAUUCAGGCGCAAAUCGCCGAAGCCGCGUCCAAGUGCGACGUCGAUGUCCGAGAGGAGCUUUUUGCCAGCGUGCUGCUGGCAGGUGGCAGCUCGCUUCUGCCUGGGCUGUCGGAGAGGCUGACCAAAGAACUGUCGGCCCUGACAAAAUACCCUGUUAACGUCAUUGCACCCCCAUCCCGCCAGUACAGCACAUGGGUGGGUGGAUCAACUCUGGCCUCAUUGCCGCUUUUUCGUUCUACCUGGAUUUCUCGCGAUGAGUACGAUGAGGAUGGACCUCAGCAAGUGCACCAGCGGUGCGUGUCGUAG